CUCGGAUGGCGGCGGCGGCGGCGCGUGGCUGCCGGCCUUGGGGCUCGCUCCUGGGGCUCCUGGGGCUCCUGUCGGCCUCCGUCGCGGCUGCCGCGUGGGACGUCAAGUCGCUGAGCUGCCACUUCGGCGCCUUCUGCGAAUGUGACUUCCGGCCCGACUUCCAGGGUCUGGAGUGUGACCUGGCCCAGCACCUGGCCGGCCAGCCCUUGGUCAGGGCGCUGGUUGGGAAAACGCUGCGGGCCUUCGUGCAGGACCCGGCGCCCACCAAGCCGCUGGUCCUCUCCCUGCAUGGCGACUCGGGCACCGGCAAGUCCAUGGUCAGUGCCCUGUUGGCCCGAUACCUCUUCCGGGGGGGCCUGCAGAGCCCCCACGUGCACCUCUUCUCCCCGGGCAUCCACUUCCCCCACCCCAGCCUUAUGGAGCGUUACAAGAAAGAUCUUAAGAACUGGGUCCAGGGGAACCUCACGGCCUGUGGCCGCUCCCUCUUCCUCUUCGAUGAACUGGAUGAGCUGGCCCCCGGCCUGCUGGAGGUGCUGAAGCCUUUCCUGGGCCCCUCGUGGGUUGUGUUCGGGACCAACUACCGCAAAGCCAUCUUUGUCUUCAUCAGCACGACUGGUAGUAAGCAGAUAAACCAGGUGGCCCUAGAGGCAUGGCGCAGACGCCGGGACCGCGAGGAGAUUCGCCUGCCGGAGCUGGCACCCCUCAUCUCCCAGGCAAUGCUGGACAACCCCCACCAUGGUUUCUGGCACUCGGGCAUCCUGGAAGAGCAGCUCGUGGAUACGCUGGUGCCCUUCUUGCCACUCCAGCGCCACCACUUGCGGCACUGUGCCCUCAACGAGCUGGCCCUGCUGGGCCUAGAACCCAGUGAGGAGGUCAUCCAGGCUGUGCUGGACAGUACUACCUUCUUCCCUGAGGAAGAACAGCUCUUUGCCACAAAUGGCUGUAAACUGAUAGCCUCCCGGCUUGCCUUCUUCCUCUGAUGUGCCAGGGGCCCCGCCAUGCCCCCUCCCUGCCCUGGCCUGGCCACCUGGGGCAGCUCUUGGAGCAUACUGUGACACACUGGCAGGCCCUGGACCUGGUCCUGCCUCACUGGCCUCUGUUCGCCCCGUCCAACCUGGCCUUCGAAAUGUGAAUCGUCACUCAGGGACCACUUGGUGGGCACUGCUCUGACUCUGACCCCGGAGCUCGCAUUGUCCACGCUGGAGGGUUCUCAGUCCCCGCGAAUGGAGGGACUCCAGCUGCCCCUUGGGCUUAGUUUUGAAAUGUUUUAAUUUUGUAAAGGAAUGUACACAAUAAACUUAACUUAGCGACGAGACCA